AUGGCGUUUCCCUUGAUAGCAGACAGGGUACUGGGUGCCGUAUACGUUGCUGCGUGGUCUGUAUCGAUGUACACGCCCGUGGUGACGAACUACGCAGUGCGGUCGUCGAACGGUGUCUCGCCGGACUUCGUGGCGCUCAACACGGCAGGUUACUUCUACCUCGUGUGCUCGUACUUGCUGCAGAUGUUCGGGUGGGUGCCCGCCUCCGAAGACAGCGCGUCCUCGAAACUGGUGGCCCCGAACGUCUCGCUGUUUGACUUGCUGUACUGCACGCACGGCGAGCUUCUGAACGUCGUGCUGUGGACGCAGGUCAGGUUCGGCAAAGUGCUGUGGGGGUUUCAACACGACCACUCGCGCCGGAUGAAGCCCGUGUACUACCGUAUCUUUGCCCUCUCGGUGCUCGUAUUCGUUCAAUUGACGGCGAAGUUCACGUACGACUGCGUGCAAUUCGGGUGGGACAACCACCGGACGCUGCGCUACUGCAACAGACUCUUCCUGCUCAAGAUCUGCAUGUCACUCAUCAAGUACGUCCCGCAGGUGCGGCACAACCACGAGCGGCGGUCCGUCAAGGGGUUCUCCAUUCCGGGCGUGAUGCUGGACAUCGCGGGCGGUGUCUGUUCUCUGUUGCAACUGCUUCUGCAACUGGCAGGCGAUGGGGCCUUCACAUGGUCCCUCGUCAAGGUCAAUUUUGGCAAGAUUGCGCUCUCAAUGGUGACGCUCAUGUUCUGCCUCAUCUUCAUACUGCAAUGGGUAGUCUACGACAAGUCGAAGGUCAAACAGCUUGCCAAGUUCUAA